ACCAGGACGAGUGUCUCAUCAGGAACAUGUGUCUGAACGGUCUCUGCAUCAACGAGGAAGGCAGCUUUAAGUGCAUCUGUAAACCGGGCUUCCUGCUGGACACCAGCGGCAGGAUGUGUGUCGACAUCGAUGAAUGUGAGACUCCAGGGAUGUGCAUGAACGGACACUGCGUGAACACGGAGGGCUCGUUCCGCUGCGAGUGCAUGGCCGGGAUGGCGGUGGGCCUGGAUGGACGGGUCUGUGUCGACACACACAUGCGCAGCUCGUGUUACGGCAGCUACAAGAGAGGUCAGUGCAUCCAGCCGCUGUUUGGAGCCGUCACCAAGUCUGAGUGCUGCUGCGCCAGCUCCCAGUACGCCUACGGAGAGCCCUGCCAGCCCUGCCCCGCCCAGAGCUCAGCUGAGUUCCUGGCUCUGUGUCCCAGCGGCGUGGGGAUCACCGGCGAUGGACGAGAUAUUAACGAAUGCGCUCUGGACCCKGACAUCUGUCAGAACGGCGUGUGUGAGAACAUGCUGAGGACGUAUAAAUGCACCUGCAACGAGGGCUUUGAGGUGGACCUGACGGGCAGAAACUGCGUGGAUAUCGACGAGUGCCUGAUGAACAGGCUGCUGUGUGACAACGGGCUGUGCCGGAACACACCUGGGAGCUUCACCUGUCAGUGUCCUAAAGGUUACCGCUUCGACCCGGAGACGGACGUCUGCGAGGAUGUGAACGAGUGCGAGUCCAGCCCCUGCAUCAACGGGGAGUGCAUCAACAGCCCGGGCUCGUUCGUGUGCACGUGCUCCGUGGGCAGCUCUCUGGACAGCACCAAGCUGGAGUGCAUCGAGACAACUAAGAGCACCUGCUGGCUGAAGAUGAUCAACGAUCGCUGUGAGGUGAACAUUAACGGAGCCACUCUGAAGUCUCACUGCUGCUCCACGCUGGGGGAGGCCUGGAACAGCCCCUGUGCCAAGUGUGAAAAAGAUCCGAUCUGUGGAAAAGGUUUUGCCAGAGUCCGAGGAAACGCCUGCGAGGACGUGGAUGAGUGUCAGGUGUUUCCAGGUGUUUGCAUUAACGGGAAAUGUGUGAACACACAAGGCUCCUUCUUCUGCCAGUGUCCUCCAGGGAUGACGGUGGACAUCAGUGGGAGGACGUGCAUCGACCUGAGGACGGAGCACUGCUACCUGACCCAUGAYGACGAGCGCUGCGGCCUGGCCAUAUCAGGGAAGCACCGCGUGGACGCCUGCUGCUGCUCCGUGGGCGUGGCCUGGGGCCCCGAAUGUGACGAGUGUCCAGAUAAGGGGACUCCAGAGUUUGCUCAGCUGUGUCCCCGGGGCCCCGGCUUCUCGCACAGAGGAGACUUCAUCAACGGCAGACCUUUCCUCAAAGACAUCAACGAGUGCAGGAUGAUCAACACGCUCUGCUCCAACGGCAGGUGCAGAAACACCAUCGGCAGCUUCCGCUGUCGCUGUGAUAACGGAUACGCUCUGGACUCUGAUGAGAGGAACUGUACAGACAUCGACGAGUGCCGGAUCUCCCCGGACCUGUGUGGACAGGGCAGGUGUGUGAACACACCUGGAGACUUUGAGUGCGAGUGCUUCGAGGGCUACGAGAGCGGCUUCAUGAUGAUGAAGAACUGCAUGGACAUCGAUGAGUGUGAGAGAAACCCCCUGCUGUGUCGGGGGGGUGAAUGUGUAAACACAGAGGGCAGYUUCCAGUGCGUCUGCCCCGACGGACACACGAUCGCUCCUGACGGCUCGGCCUGCCUCGAUAUAAACGAGUGUGAUCUGAGCGACAGGCUGUGCAGGAACGGCCAGUGUGUGAACAUGAUCGGCCGCUACCAGUGUGUGUGCAACACAGGCUAUAAGUCCACUGAGGACAGACUGGACUGUGUAGACAUUGAUGAGUGUACGAUCGAGAACGGCGGCUGUGAGUCUUUCUGCACCAACUCUGAGGGCAGCUACGAGUGCAGCUGCCGCGGCGGCUACGCCCUGAUGCCGGACCUGCGGACCUGCACCGACAUCGACGAGUGCGAGGAGACCCCCGAGGUGUGUGACGGGGGGCAGUGCACCAACACCCCGGGGACGUUCCAGUGUCUGUGCUUCGACGGCUUCAUGUCCUCAGAGGACAUGAAGACCUGCCUGGAUGUGGACGAGUGUGAGCUGAACCCCAACAUCUGUCUGAGCGGGAACUGUGAGAACACCAAGGGCUCCUUCAUCUGCCACUGUGACCGGGGRUACUCUGUGCGUAAGGGCAGCACAGGUUGUACAGACAUCAAUGAGUGUGAGAUCGGAGCUCACAACUGUGACAGCCACUCCACGUGCACCAACACUGCCGGCAGCUUCAAGUGUCACUGUGCUCCGGGCUGGAUCGGCAACGGCAUCAAAUGUUCCGACCUGGACGAGUGCUCCAACGGGACACACAUGUGCAGCAACAACGCCGACUGUGUCAACACCAUGGGCUCGUACCGCUGCGCCUGCAAGGACGGCUUCUCUGGAGACGGCUUCUACUGCUCAGACAGCGACGAGUGCGCCGAAAAUGGAAACCUGUGUGAGAGCGGACACUGCCUGAACCUGCCUGGAGGCUUCCGCUGCGAGUGUGACAUGGGCUUCAUCAGCACGGCUGACGGGAAGGCCUGCGAGGACAUCAACGAGUGUCAGGAGCUGCCGGGCCUGUGUCAGGGAGGACAGUGCAUCAACACGUUCGGCAGCUUCCACUGUGAAUGUCCUCAAGGUUUCGCCCUCAACCCAGACACCAGAGUGUGUGAAGAUAUCAACGAGUGUGAUCAGACAGGAAUCUGUGGACCGGGUCAGUGCUACAACACCAUCGGGAACUACACCUGCAUCUGCCCCGUGGACUACAUGCAGGUCAACGGAGGACACAACUGCAUGGACAUGAGGAAGAGCUACUGCUACAGGAACUUUUACUCAGACAACAGGACCUGUGACGGAGAGCUGACCUUCAACAUGACCCAGAAGAUGUGCUGCUGCUCCUACAACAUCGGCCGGGCCUGGAACAAACCCUGCGAGCAGUGUCCUCUGCCCAGCACCGAGGGGUUUGCAGUCCUGUGUGGCAGCGAGAGACCAGGAUAUUACAUCGACAUCACCACGGGGAGAGUAAUUGACAUCGACGAGUGCAGAGAAAUCCCAGGAGUGUGUGAGAACGGCGUGUGCAUCAACAUGAUCGGCAGCUUCAGGUGCGAGUGUCCCAUGGGCUUCAUUUACAACGACAAGCUCCUGAUCUGUGAAGACAUCGACGAGUGUCAGAACGGACCUGUGUGUCAGCAGAACGCAGCCUGUCUGAACGUGCCAGGAAGUUACCGCUGCGAGUGUAAGGCUGGAUACCGCUUCACCCCCACGGGACAGUGCCUGGAUCGUAACGAGUGCCUGGAGAACCCGGGGGUCUGUAACCCAGGUCAGUGCAUCGACACGGUGGGAAGCUACCGCUGCCUCUGCCCCAACGGAUACAAGACCACCCGGGACCAGUCCAUGUGUGUCGACGUGGACGAGUGCGAGCGGCAGCCCUGCGGUAACGGGACCUGCAAGAACACGGUGGGCUCCUACAACUGUCUGUGCUACCCCGGCUUCCACAACUCCCACAACGGAGACUGCAUAGAUGUGGACGAGUGUUCCACUCAGAGGGGCUUGUGUCGGAACGGGAAGUGUGUAAACCUGGUGGGCAGCUUCCUGUGUGUGUGCAACGACGGUUACGAGCUGGCGCCGGACGGUCGGAUCUGCACAGAUAUAAACGAAUGUGCGGUGAACCCUGGCACCUGUGGAGCAGGCACCUGUCUGAACAUGGACGGGACCUACAGGUGCAUCUGCCCCCCUGGUUACUACCUGCAUGAGGAGACCUGCGAAGAUAUCGACGAGUGCUCCCAGCUGCCUGAGAUCUGUACGUUAGGAACGUGCUCCAACACGGAGGGAAGCUUCAUCUGCCUGUGCCCCGAGGGCUUCCAGCUCUCUGCGUCCGGACGCAGAUGUUUGGAUAUCCGGGUCAGCUACUGCUACACCAAGUUUGAAAACGGGCGCUGCCUGGCUCCGAAGGCUCUGAACACCACCAAGGCCGAGUGCUGCUGCACCAUGAUGCCAGGUCAAGGCUGGGGAAGCCCCUGUGAGAUCUGCCCCACCAAAGGAGAGGAGGCGUACGAUCCUCUCUGUCCUAACGUGGGGUACAAGCAGGGUCCAGACGACCAUCCUAAAGAUAUCGAUGAGUGCAUCAAUGACCCAUGCGUUAACGGGCAGUGCAUCAACACGGACGGCUCCUUCAGGUGCGAGUGUCUCUUGGGGUACGAACUGGAUGUCAGCGGGGUCACAUGUGAAGACAAAAAUGAGUGUGACACCGGUAAUCCCUGUGGGAACGGCACGUGCACUAACGUGAUUGGUGGGUUUGAGUGUGCGUGUGAUGAAGGCUUUGAGCCUGGACCCAUGAUGACCUGUGAAGACAUCAACGAGUGUUCCCAGAAUCCUUUGCUGUGCGCCUUCCGCUGCGUCAACGUGGUGGGCUCGUACGAGUGUAAAUGUCCUACGGGCUACGUGCUCCGCGAGGACAAGCGGAUGUGCAAAGACCAGAACGAGUGUGAAGACGGUGUCGAUGACUGCGCCGGCCGAGGGAUGACCUGCAAGAACCUGAUCGGUACCUACAUGUGCAUCUGUUCACCUGGAUACACCCGAAAGCCCGGAGGAGACGGAUGCACGGACCUGAACGAGUGUUCAGUCAAACCAGGGGUCUGUAAGAACGGUCGCUGUGAGAACACGGUUGGAAGUUACCGCUGCAGGUGUGACCAAGGGUUCAUCGCUAGCCCCACCCAGACUGAAUGUAUCGAUAACCGCGAAGGCUUCUGCUACACUGAAGUCCUGACCACGCUGUGUCAGAUGACGUCCAGCAACAGGAACCUGGUGACCAAGUCAGAGUGUUGCUGUGACGGAGGCAGAGGCUGGGGCACCAACUGUGAGCUCUGCCCCCUGCCAGGGACCACCCACUACAAGAAGAUGUGCCCCCUGGGCCCCGGGUACACCACUGAUGGCAGAGACAUCGAUGAGUGUCGUGUGAUGGGAAACCUUUGUAAGAACGGUCAGUGCAUCAACUCGCUGGGCUCCUACCACUGCCUCUGCAAGUCUGGAUACACCACUGACAUCACUGCCACUCAGUGUGUGGAUGUGGACGAGUGCAUCCAGGCUCCUAAACCCUGUAACUUCAUCUGUAAGAACACAGAGGGAGGCUACCUGUGCUCCUGCCCCAGAGGGUACAUCCUGCAGGAGGACGGGAAGAGCUGCAGAGAUCUGGAUGAAUGUUCCACCAAACAGCACAACUGUCAGUUCCUGUGUGUGAACACCAUCGGUGGGUUCUCCUGCAAGUGUCCCCCUGGCUUCACCCAGCAUCAGACCGCCUGCAUCGACAACAACGAAUGUUCCUCAGACCCAAACCUAUGUGGUUCUAACGGGGUCUGCCAGAACACUCCAGGGAGCUUCAGCUGUGACUGCCAGCGAGGAUUCUCAUUGGACCCCAAUGGACAAACCUGUGAAGAUAUGGAUGAGUGUGACGGGAGCCACCGGUGUCAGCACGGCUGUCAGAACCUGGUGGGGGGCUACCGGUGCAGCUGUCCUCAGGGGUACAUGCAGCACUACCAGUGGAACCAGUGUGUCGAUGAGAACGAGUGUCUGAACAGUCAGAUCUGUGGGGGGGCGUCGUGCCACAACACCCUGGGGAGYUUCCGCUGCCUCUGCCCCACCGGCUUCAACUACGAGCAGACCUCCGGGGGCUGCGCCGACGUCAACGAGUGCUCCACCAGCCAGAACCCCUGCAAGUUCGGCUGCUCCAACACCGACGGGGGCUACCUGUGCGGAUGCCCCCCCGGGUACUACCGAGCAGGACAGGGGCACUGUGUCUCCGGUCUGGGCUUCGGCAGCGGGGGGCCGGGGGGCGGACAGGAAGCRGGAGGGGAGGUGGACGACAACUCGCUCUCACCUGAAGCCUGCUACGAGUGUAAGAUUAACGGAUACCCCAAGAAGGGACGCAAGCGCCGCAGCACCAACUCCACACAGGAAGACCUGCAGCUGACGGAGGAGCUGAGCCUGGCCAGCGUGGACACUGACACCGCGCUGCAGCUGCACCUGAACAUCAGCAGCCUCAGCAACCGAGACCACAUCCUGGAGUUGACCCCGGCCCUGUCCACGCUCAGCGACCACGUGCGCUACAACAUCGACUACGGCAACGAGGAGGGCCUCUUCAAGAUCAACCAGCGGGAGGGCGUCAGCUACCUGCACCUGAGCAAGAAGAAGGCGGUGCUGCCGGGAGCGUACGCCCUGCAGAUCAGCAGCGUGCCCCUCUACAGGAAGCAGGAGCUGGACGAGCUGGAGGACCGGCACGAUAAAGACUACCUCACAGGGCAGCUGGGAGACGUUCUGAAGAUCAGGGUGCAGCUCCUCCUCCAUUAACCAUCACACUGUCAGCAGCCGCUGGGCCAGAGUCGGCAGCAGAACACCCGACUCUGGCCCAGCGGCUCCAACAGAGCAGAGCUCGCCACCAAAGAGACRAGACCAAAGAUGAUUCUACAUAUCAUGGAGCAGCCAGCAGCUGAGGAGCCAGUGUUYAUUGGAACAAAGGUUCCAGCUGUUUGAAGCACUUUGGAGGAGGAGAGCUUUUUAAUCUGGGUGGAGAUGUUGUCUGAUGAUAUGUGGAAUCAGCCUCUGUGAAGGACACCAGGGCUGCACACAGCUCUGACACAUGGAUUUGUUUGGACUCCAGAAGGCUGAGUCACUAUAGUCUGAAAUCAUUUCCCCUUYGAGUAAAUCAAUGACUGAAGACAUCUGGAGCAGAUGUUUGACUCCWUGAAGGCUGAGGAGGACAGGAACCAACCGUGGACUGAUCUGUGAGCUUGAAGGAACUAUUUAAACUCUUUGUUUCCACCUGUCCUGAUACAAUCAUAUCUCCUGGUGCUAACGCUCUGUCCCCGCUCAGCGCCGUGCACAAGUAUUCACCCCCUCCCCGGGCAGAAAACUGUUCUGCUGCUUUUUUUAUUGGGUUUAAUCUCAUUCAGUCAUCAGAUUAAACUACCGUAUUUAUUCAUGUAUAAUAUGAUCUCAUGUAUAAUACAACCCCCCUUUU